AUGGCGUACUACGAUAUCGACGAGAUUCUUACAGACGCCCAGGUGGGUUGCGUACUUUGUACAAACCAUGGCGGCUGUGCGCUAAUCCCUCAUACCGCAUUCCAGAAACUUCCCUGCACGUUUGAACUUGACGUUCCAGCCCUGGGGUUUCUCGACGGGAACCCGGGCGAAGAUAUCAAAACUGGCACCCGGUUAGAUGUUCCUCUAUGGCUGGGAGUCAUGCUUGCUGUGGGAGCAAAGGCCGGCUCCGAUCCGCUGGUGACUUUGGAUAUUCCCAAGGCCUUGUCCGAACCAGUCAUGAACGCACUCAAGGCUGAUCCUCGGACCGUGGAUCUUCGUGCUUUGGCGUCGCACUUUUACAGGUUGGGGGUGAAGAUAUUGCAGCUGUUUGAGGAAGAGGAAAUGGUGGAGAUUCUCAGUGAUACUUUCAAACAGCGCGCAAUGCAAAUAGCGGACCAUGCCCAUAAUCCAACGGGCGCUUUGGGAGGGGCAGUCGAAUUCCUUCGUGGCCUCGAUGAAACGGAACGACAGUUGUUUCGAGCUGCUCAUGACGGUGCUAAAGAAACGCGUAUCUGGGCAGGGGAGGCAAAGAAGUAG